AACAUUUCUGGAUAUCGCUUGGGGUAAUAUAUCGUAUCGAAGGCAGUAGAAUCUAUGAAACUAAAGAGAAUAGCUUGUCUCUGGGUCCAAAUGAUGGAGCUGAUGGGAGGAUAUUCCAUAGGCUGUGAAAUGUUGACAGUUAGGAAUUACUGAUUCCACCUUCACUGUGUGCAGAAGAAUUGCUGAACAAACAUGUCAAAGAAAGGACGGGUGAAGGGCGAAAAGCCCGAGGCAUUAAUAGAUGCAUUGCAAGCUGCCAAUGAGGAACUCCGAGCCAAGCUGACUGAUAUUCAAAUCGAGCUUCAGCAGGAAAAAGGCAAGGUGAAUAAACUAGAACGGGAAAAAGUACAAGAAGUGAAGCAAGUGCGGGAGCUGGAGCAACAUAAGCAGACGGUGCUGACCACAGACCUUAAGGCUAAACUCCAUGAAGAGAAAAUGAAGGAGCUACAAACCGUCCGCGAGAUCCUACUAAAGCAACACGAGCAGGAACUAGCCCGCGCAAUCAAGAUCAAAGACAGCGAAAUUCAGCGACUCCAGUCCACUCUGAACAUCCUACGGGAUGGGGCAGCUGACAAAGUCAAGACUGCCCUGCUCAAUGAAGCCAGAGAAGAAGCUCGGAAGGGAUUUGACGUCGAACGCACCAAGCUGCAGCAGGAGAUAGUGGAGCUGAAGUCCACGAAGAAGCAGGUGGAGGAAUCCCUGAACUACGUCGUCCAGGCUGAUAAGAAGAAAGCUGCUGAGCUGAGGAGCGCUCACCAGUCUCAUCAGGACGAGAUCACCAGAAUCAAGAAGGAGUGUGAGAGAGACAUUCGUAGGCUGAUGGAUGAGAUAAAGAGCAAAGACAGAGUCAUUCUUGCCUUGGAGAAGGACCUUGGCGUUCAAACAGGCCACACUCAGAAGCUCAUCCUUCAGAAAGAAGCCCUCGAUGAGCAGCUGGUACAGGUGAAAGAAGCUGAACGCUACUACAGCAGCCCCAAGCGUGAGUUUCCGAGUGCUGCAGGGGACACCUCCGACCUGAUGGGGAACCAUAUUAAACCAUUAAAGGAGCAGUAUUCCUUAAAGGGGAACUUUAGUGUCAGGGAACCACAACUGGACGAAAGGGAUGUAAGACGGUUCCAGUUGAAGAUUGCUGAACUAAAUGCUGUGAUUCGAAAGCUAGAGGACCGAAACACACUGUUAGCAGAUGAGAGGAACGAACUGUUGAAACGUGUCCGUGAGACAGAGAGCCAGUUAAAACCACUCGUAGAGAAGAACAAGCGCUUGACUAAGAAGAAUGAGGACAUCAUGCAGUCUGUACAGAGGAUGGAAGAUAAGUUAAAAAAGCUGACCAGAGAAAAUGCAGAAAUGAAAGAGAAGUUAGCUUCACAAGGACAGCUGAGGCGUCAUACUUCACUGAAUGAUCUGAACCAAACACAAGACGAGCAAGAAAUAGAGUUCUUGCGACUCCAAGUUGUUGAGCAACAACACAUUAUUGAUGAUUUAACAAUGGAGAGGGAGAGAUUAUUACGUUCUAAGAAACAGAAAAGAAGAAGCACAAAACCUCACAAGAGGCAUGUUGUAGAGACAUUUUUUGGAUUUGAUGAGGAAUCAGUAGAUUCAGAAACCUCUUCCGUUGCCUCAUAUACAACUGACAGGACACCAGCAACUCCAGAAGAAGAUCUAGAUGAGGUCAUAAACCGGGAAGAAUCUGAACUGAGAUUCCGUCAGCUUACGAGAGAAUACCAAGCUCUGCAGAGAGCUUAUGCGUUGCUUCAGGAGCAAGUCGGUGGAACUCUGGAUGUGGAACGAGAAACCAGGACUCGUGAACAGCUGCAAGCUGAUCUCCUCCGAUGUCAAGCCAAAAUUGAAGACCUGGAAAAAUCGCUUGCUGGGAAAGGGCAGGAUUCAAAAUGGGUGGAAGAUAAGCAGUUACUCUUUAGAACCAACCAGGAACUUUUAGAAAAGAUUCAUAAAUUGGAACAGGAAGAGUUGAGACUACAGAAUGAGAUGCAAGAUGCAAAGGACCAGAAUGAGCUGCUAGAGUUCAGAAUCUUAGAGCUCGAAGAGCGGGAACGACGAUCACCAGCCUAUAACUUGCAUAUAUCAGCCUUUUCUGAGAGUGGAAGUGCCCUUCAGCUCUAUUGUCAACAAGAGGGUAUUAAGGAUGUGGUUAUUCCUGACCUAAUGAAGAAACUUGAUAUCCUGGGAGAUAAUGGGAACCUAAGAAAUGAAGAGCAGGUUGCAGUAAUUCAAGCUCGUACUGUGCUGUCGCUAUGUGAGAAGUGGCUGAAACAAAUUGAAGGAACAGAAGCUGCCCUGCAUCAGAAGAUGCUGGACCUGGAGAUUGAGAAGGAGCAGUUUAGCAAGCAGAAGGGCUACCUAGAGGAGGAACUGGAUUACAGGAAGCAAUCUCUGGACCAUGCUUAUAUGCAAAUCCAGGAGCUGGAAGCCACCCUGUACAACACUCUGCAGCAGUGCCCUGGAAACAGAGUGAGUGAAUCUCUGACCGAAGUACAAAAGGAAGAGUUGAAAUUGGCGGUGGAGAAGUGGCGACGCCAGGUCCUGAGGCAGAGCCGGGAGUAUGAUGGUCAGAUCUUACAGGAACGCUUGGAACUAUUGCAACAUGCUCAUCAGCGAAUUAAAGAAUUGGAAGACAAGAUAGAGAUUCAGAAAAGACAAAUCAAAGAAAUAGAAGAGAAGCUUUUAUCCUCUGGCCCUGAGGCCGGCCUCCUGGAACACAGACUUCAAGAGAACUCACAGAAGAUAAAAAUAAGCCGACAGAGAAAAUUUCAAAGUGUACAAAGCAAACAGAAUACAUUGACGUGGAGGCAUUGA